AUGACUGUGAGUUUUGUAUCCGUUUUGACGUCGUCGUCUGUCUACUCGGACGUGGAAAAUAAGGAGAACGUCGAGCCCAAGCGCAGCUGGAGUUUCAUCAACCCCUACUCCCAAAGCCUGUGGUUCCUGUCAAGGGGCAACCAGGGCGAGGAGAUUAAAGACAUGCAAAAGCGCACCGAAGAGCCCAGCCGCCUUAGGCAGAAAGCGAGAGAUUUGCAGGAAGUCAGCAUCCCUUCAAGAGACAAGUCGCUGCCCCCAAUGCCCCCAAUACCCCCUAAACUGCUGCAAGACUUUCCGACGCCAGAGAUGUCCGAGUUUAGCGACACAAACAGCCAACUAGUGACAAGAACAGAGCAGCUGUAUUUGCAGGACUUGGAUCUGCUAAAUGCCGUGGCCGCGUCGUUCGCUGGCUACGUAAACGAGCGGGGCAUCCCCAUCAAGUCAACAGAGAUCGUCGUGCUAUUUGGCAACCUCAGUCUGAUGAUCAGUCUGAGCGAGCUAUUUUUGAAAAAUCUCGCAAGCGGGAAUGCUCUUGUGCGCACUUUGAACGACUACUUCGCCAGGCUCUCCCAGGUAUACCCGUCUUUUUUCGCAUUGCAGGGACGGAGGUUAGAGAUCCUAGACUCGGUGAAAAAAGACCCGCGAUUUGAUGACUGGUUUGCCAGUCUCAACGGAAUCAAAGUUGAGAAGCUGCUGAAGGUGCCAGCAAACCGAAUUAGUGAGCUGCGAGACAUAAUAACCAAACUGGGGCUAUUGGAGGAAUGCCCUAAGCUCAGCAGACUUGUUGAGAUUGAGAGCGGUCUGCCCUCGCCGUUGACAUCCCCAACACUGAUACUAAGCGUCCCCGAGAGCUGGAAGCAAAAACACAAGCAGAAGUGGAAGGAAAUUGCCAAGGAGCCAUUCGAAUGCCAGCAGCUUGCAUACUUUCAGCACGAGUUCAGGGCUAUCCACAAAUUGUUUGACACCACUGUCCGGUCACUGGACAAGUGCUUAAAGCUCCAAAAACUAUCAAUAGAGUCUAAGCACAAUAUAGCGCUUUCUUUUUUGCGAUUCUCCCAGGACCUUCCCAGCAGUUACAACAGGAAAGAAACACAGCUCACGCCAAGAUCGCUCUUCUUCAAGGAGAAUUUCAUUUCCUCCAGCUAUCAGCUCUACUUGGAAAAGCUCCAGAACCAGAAUAAUAGUGCCAAUCAAUUGAUGUCGCGGUUUGAAUACGAGCUGGGCCCAGCGGUGGAGGAAAUCAGCACUGUGCUUGAUGUCGCGGAACAUAAAUUGUCAAAAAUUCAGAGAGCGUUCAAUAAAUUGGACAAGGACACCAAAGUGGACAAGUUGAUGAAGCUACACAAACUCAAUGGGUUUUUGAAAAAUGCCAUCGGCCUUAUUACGAUAACGUAUGAUGAGCACGUCAGAUCUCUCCUCAAGAUAUACCAAGGACGGGCCGAGACGGCAAAGCGCAUCAUUGAGCAGUUUAUGGAGAUGCGACAGCAGAACAAACACGUGAUUGUAUCAUGUGGGGACCUCCCAUUCAACAAAUCGCUUGCAAUGACCAAAGUUGUGCGGAAACUCUAUAAUUAA